AUGUGUGAUCGACGGCAGGAAGAAAUUCAUAGGGUUUCAAAGGCGGCAUCUCGCGCCUGUAUUCCGCGGGUGACAGAAACGUCUCGGAUUUCGACCACCGACUCCCAUUGUCAUCCUCUAACCCCGACCAUCUCCCCUACUCGCUUGUAUUCGGAAAGACUAUGCCGGUACAUCGAUAACUUGCGCAGUGACAUACUAUGGUCCAUCUCAGGCACCUCUCUUCCAUUCCCUCUGUACCUUAGGAAGAGAGUAGCUUUCAUCCUACUUUCUAUUUCGGACAUAUUUCUCAAUACAGCGAUGUUUUGUUGUAAAGUGCCCGCAACCAUUCGAGGGUGCUUAGAGAUCACCUUUAAUUGGCGCACACUUCAUUUUUACGCGCGACGGGAUCAAGCACGAAGGGAUUCAGCCGUCGUGGAUUUUGAUUUCCGGGGCCGCCUAGUACGGAACGCAACUAUCGACGAGUCCCAGUCAGGUCCUCUUCCGCUGUUUCCCAUUAAUCCUUCGCCAUCUCCGCAUUAUUGCCUUAGUCAUUGCUACUGUGCCACUAGAUCCUACAUCCUGUACCUAGUUGCACCAAUUAAAAUUACAACCCCCAUCACCGGCGUUGUGUGUAUAGAGGGCGUCGGAAGUGUAGAAACGAGGUCGCUAGUUGGUACGAUGCUGUGGUUACGGUUGAUCUACAAAGAUUCAGUGGCAUUCGACAAUCAGUCGUGUGUGUCGCUGCUCCAUGAUGAUUUCGGAAAGGGCCGCGAUUAUGUAAUGGCCUCAGUCCCAUUACCGCCGGAGAAGCGUGAACCCGCUCCGAACCUCGAGCUAGAGCGGAGGCAAGUUCAAGCCCUACCCCUCGCCCCUUUUUCUCAUCACCUAACCAACUUACGAGGAGAUCGAUGUCCUUAUACGAGUGCUGAUUUCGAGCAGUGCUUUAUUCCGAAGAUACUUACCAUGCCCUACGCGAGACAACAAAACCCAGCUCGCCUUUAUUUUGAACAGGCAACUUGGAACUUACAAAUCACGAGUCUAUUCCAUACCGAAGAUUACUCUGCGGACCGAAAUUUGAAUAAUCCACAUGGCUUUUUUGUCAACACGAACCAAUUGUGUCUUGCUUACACUUCAGAGCCAAGAGAGGAUGGUUGGCGAAAACAGUACUAUGUCUUUCCGGAGAUAGAGACAGCAUCGGUCAAGCCAAAACAUGCUGUAGUCAGUUUUCUCCUACAGGCGGCGAAGAAGGAGCUGGGUAGUCCCAUCAGCCCCAUCACUUGUCAAUAUAUUACUAGCCUCUUCCAGGCUUACAAAGUGAUCUAUACUUGGGUGGUGGUAUCGAGUGACUGCCUUCAUUUGCAUCCUUCAAUCUAUUUUGUUGUAUUUGGUGUGGAGCCUCCAGGUGCACCCAUGAUACAUAGAGAGGUUCAGACACUAUUGGAUAAUGACUUGGCCUCGUUACAUCACCGCUACCACUACAAUCCACUCGGAGUUAGGUUGUCGGAUCUCUUCCUUAACGAAGGCAAACUAUUGAUUCCAGUUGUAAUUAAAACUUCAAAUAUCUGGCUUGGCCAAAGACUUUGA